CGAGGGAGAGCAUCCUGGAGGAGGAACAGUGGAGCAGAAGCUGGGAGGCUGGAUACAGGACGCUGUGAAACACAAAUGGGUGUUGAAUGAGCUAAGCUGAGAGUCCCUCGGGAGUGGGAAGGCUGGAGGGCCCUCCCUUCAUCCGGGCGUGGAGGGCUAGUUGCCCCCACCCCCACGGCAGCAGCUGGCAGGGCCAGGGCUGUCCUUCAGCCCGUGCCUCUUGUUCAGCCACCUCUGGGGCUCCCUUGGGCCGCCCCGCCCCUCUGGCUGCGCUGGAGGCAGGGGCGGGGCCAGGAGCACCAGAGCCGGCGGCAGGAGGGCAGGGGAGCAGGUGGAGGGCUGGCGGCUGCCGGCUGCCAUGGCUCGGCCUCCAGGUCCAGAGCGCCACCGCCCACCCCUUCCCGCCUCGCCUGUCCCCGAUGCCCGCCAGACUCCUGCCUUUGCCGGGGCCCCCGCCUGACCAGCCUCCCCUCCUGGUCCGGUUGGGAUCUGGGGGCUGAGCCGUCCGGGGUCCCAGGGCCAAUGCAGUGCCGGCUCCUCCGGGGCCUGGCGGGAGCCCUCCUCACCCUUCUGUGCACGGGGCUCCUCUCCCUGCCGUAUCACUCCAGCCUGUUCCCCCAGGGCGUGCAGGAGCCCCCCGAACCGAGCCCGCCCAGCCCUCGGCCCCCCGACCUGCAGCUACACGAUGUCUUCAUCGCAGUCAAGACCACCCGUGCCUUCCAUCACUCCCGCCUGGAGCUGCUGCUUGACACGUGGGUCUCCAGGACCAGGGAACAGACUUUCGUCUUCACCGACAGCCCGGAUGAAGGCCUCCAGGAGAGACUGGGGUCCCACCUCAUCAUCACCAACUGCUCUGCAGAGCACAGCCACCCCGCCCUGUCCUGCAAGAUGGCUGCCGAGUUCGACGCCUUCCUGGCCAGCGGGCUGAGGUGGUUUUGCCACGUGGACGACGACAACUACGUGAACGCGCGGUCGCUGCUGAAGCUGCUAAAAACCUUCCCGCUGACCCGCGAUGUCUACCUAGGCCGGCCCAGCCUGAACCGGCCCAUCCACGCCUCUGAGCCGCGACCCCGCAACCGCACGAGGCUGGUACGGUUCUGGUUCGCCACUGGGGGUGCCGGCUUCUGCAUCAACCGCAAACUAGCUUUGAAGAUGGCCCCAUGGGCCAGUGGCCCCCGCUUCGUGGACACAUCUGCGCUCAUCCGGCUGCCUGACGACUGCACUGUGGGCUACAUCAUUGAGUGCAAGCUGGGCGGUCACCUGCAGCCCAGCCCCCUCUUCCACUCGCACCUGGAGACGCUGCAGCUGCUGGGGGCUGCCCAGCUCCCGGAGCAGGUCACCCUCAGCUAUGGCGUCUUCGAGGGGAAGCUCAACGUCAUUAAGCUACAGGGCCCCUUCUCCCCCGAGGAGGACCCCUCCAGGUUUCGCUCCCUCCACUGUCUCCUCUACCCAGACACUCCCUGGUGCCCCCAGCUGGUGGCCCACUGAACCCUGAACCGCUGGGCUGAGGUCUCUGUUUGUCCCUCGCCUCCCCAGGCAGCCCUGAGGGCCUGUGGCAAGUGCCCUGAGGUGGGCAGUCCCUGGCAGGGCCUCCGAGUGGUGGGCAAGCCCAGGAUUGGCUGGUGGCUGGUGGGGAGGGCAUCCCGAGCCCCUGGGAGGUGAGGGGACAGCCCAGGGACCAGGAGCACAAGGUGAGGGCGGGAGAGGCCCCAGGGGCUGGGCUUCCACGGGCCUUGGGUGGCUGAAUCGAACCGGGGUGGGGGCCCUUGAGCUGGGCUUGGACUCACAGGUCCUAACCCUCCAGUGAAUCACAGGGGCCCCUGGGUGGGGUCUGGCCCCUGCCCCCAGCUCUGGUCUCUGAGUCAUUCCCCUGGGGUCAAGGGCUGUGCCACCCACUCGUGGCUUCCUUGGCUGGAUCAUCAACCACUGAGGGGACCCAGUGGAAUAAUGGCAGAAUCCAGGGCCUGUGACAGAUACUGUUGUUGCCACCGGUCUCCAGCUCCUUGUUCCCCACUACUUGCUAACAGAACCCGAUUUUGUUUGAAGCAUGCCCAGAAUCAGAUGACGGAUUAUAGUGGGUCCCAGAAAAUCAUGAUGAUCCUUUUGCUCAUUUUCCCAGUGUCCCUUGCGGUUAGGGGCUACCAUGUGACCCAGCUCUGGCCAGAGCCAGACUCUGUCUGUUAAUGUGAAUUAAGCAAAGCCAAUAGAGAAGCUUCUGGGGAAGGUUUUGCAGCCCCAUACCCCGUCUUCCUGCUGUGAGUGUGAGUGUGAUGUCUGGAUCUGGGGCAGCCACUUUGCUGCCAUGAAGGAAAGGCCAAGACAGUCAUCCACAGCUGUCCCUUUCAGCGUCUGGUUCUGUAAAAAAAUUAAACCCUGUUUGUUUAAGCCA